CAUCUCUGCGCACAAAAUGGUCUCCUUCUCUUGCGAAAAUUGUAACGACACCAUCAUCAAGAAGAAGUUGGACCAGCACACCCAGAGAUGCUACGGUGCUUACUUUACCUGCAUUGACUGCUCCACCACCUUUAAUGGCACCGACUACAGAAACCAUACCCAGUGCAUCUCUGAGGCUGAGAAAUACGAGAAAGCCUUGUACAAGCCAAAGAAGCAGCCACAAUCAAAGAAAGAGCCGCAGUCAAAGAAGGAGCCACAGUCAAAGAAGGAACCACAGUCAAAGAAGGAAGUCAAGUCUGUUGUGGACAAAAAGCCAGUUGAGGUGAAGGACAAGAAAGACAAAAAGAACAAGGGUUUGACGGCCUAUGUUGAUGAAAAGAACAACAACUUGUACAAGAUUGUUAAAAAGAUUUCCUCUGACCAGGAUGCAGACUUGAAGGAUAUCUUGAAGAAGCUCAAGUUGGUCAAGAACGCCAACGGUGAAGUCUCCAUCACCUUAUAAACACUCAGCUACUGUAUACUAAAUCACGUUAUCAAAUAUAUCUAGCU